AGACGAUGCGAGAAGCUUCGAGGCCACUUUCGAGCCCUUCGACCGAGCUGAAACUUAGAGUAUGAACGAUUCGGCCGAAAUGGUCGCGGAGAUGGAUGUUGCGUUUUUAAUUCGCGACAGGCGCUGCGCCGAGGCCGGCCACGCCGCCUCGCAGCACAGGCUCGGCGAGCUCUACAGCGCGAAAUCCGAUUACAAACAGGCCGUGCGCUGGUUCACCCUGGCCGCCGAGGCGGGCUUCGCGAGCGCCCAGUGCGAACUGGCGGAGCUCUUCAUGCUCGGCAGAGGCGUGCCCGCGGACGAUCGACUCGCCGUGUUAUGGUUGUCGCGCGCGGCGGCGGCGGGCGUGGCGAAGGCGCAGAACCACUACGGCCGCAUGCUGCAGGAGGGCCGCGGCGUCGCCGCGGACCCGCGCCUCGCGGCCGAGUUCUUCGAGAAGGCCGCGGCCCAGGGCGACACGGACGGCAUGGUCAACCUCGGCGCCGCCUGCCUCGUGGGCCGCGGCGUGCCCCAGGACGAGGCGCGCGCGCGCGAGCUCGUGAGCCGCGCGGCCGACGCCGGCGACGACGACGCGCGACGGUUGCUGAACGCGAUGGACGGAAGGCGCCGGUCCGACGACGACCCCAAGGCGAUGGCGGAGCCGGCGCCGACAC